UGUCAUACCUGGUCAGUCAAUCGUAUGAUAGUGAUUGUUUCAUUAUUCUGCGAUGUGGUGCAUUACUGAAACCAGUCCACUUGUUUAGAAAAACUACUCUACUUUUUCGGUGGGCGAGAAACCUCCCCAAACUCUGAUAAUAGAAUAUUUUCGUGAGUUAUUCAAUACAAACAUGACGGAAUAUAUUCCUAUUUACUCGGGUUUCCAUGUCAUAGCCUAACUCAAUUCAAUUUCUAAAAAAAAUCGUUUAGUGGUUAGAACGGUCUGCUGUGUUUUGGUUCAAAAUGACGAAACUAACGGAAGAAAUGAUAAUCGCCAAGACUAAGCAGUCAAAUUUCGGUGCAAUAAAGAAAAUGAAUUGCUGGGGAAGUGAAUUGGUUGACGUCAGUUUGCUUCGUAGACUCAACAACAUCGAAGUACUCUCUCUCAGUGUGAACAAGAUAGCCAGCUUGAGUGAUUUCCAGUACUGUCGCAACUUGCAAGAGUUGUUCGUCCGUAAGAAUAACAUCAGAGAGCUCAAUCAAGUCUGCUAUCUGCAGAAUUUGCCUAAGCUUGUCAACUUGUGGCUCGACGAAAAUCCCUGCACUGAAUGUGAUGGGUAUCGUUUAACUGUUAUAAGAACAUUGCCGAAUUUGAAGAAGCUUGACAACGUACCAGUUGAUCCAGAGGAAUUAGAAGAGGCGCUUCAUAAGGGUCGGGACUUGGUCCACCCGGAGGAGGAAGUCAUGAUGUCCCCUGAGGAGGAAUAUGCUACAGAGGAGAUAGAGGAUUUUAGCAUGAAUCAGCCCGGACCUAGCCGCAGGCAUUCCAGGCCUCCAGCCCCAGCAACGGUAACUUCACAUGAUAUGGAGAACGAAUAUUAUGAUUCAGAAAGCCAGGACAAUAUGCACAUCCCUGAGCAACCUAUGAACUACAACCACCCCAGCCCCGUUCUAAAUACUACUACCUACUAUCACCGAUACGAGCCCGUCACAUCUCCCGUUAAAGCAGAGACUGAAUCAUCAAUCACUUAUCCUGAUCGGAGACUAACUCAACCAGUUGUGGAGAAGCAUGAUGAAAGUAAUGUAUCAUCCUCGUUAGCUCUUGAUCCUCAGAUGAGUUUAAAGGAUGAUGGUUGGGCUUCUGGAGCGCAGGGUGCUCAGGGCGAUAGCAGUGGGAGUGAGAGCAGUCCUUCAGCAGCUGGAGUCAGUGGCUUAUCCCGUGCCAGGAUGAGUGAAGAUGAUACAAACGCUGGUAGAUCGCUGCCGCCGAUGCCCUACCUUCAGCCGAUGCCAAAUUUCCAUCAGAACGAUCACUACCAGCAUCAAACUGAUCAUCAUCAGCAAUCUGCUGAUCAUACCGAGUUGCCACCGCCUCCGCCACUGUAUGCUGCCGAGAGACCUCGUACUGCUGAGAGGACUGCAGCCAGGGACACCCAUCGCUGUGCAGUCAAUCAUCAGCCACCUUAUCAUAGGAGGCCUACCUCAAGGAACUCAAACAUACUGUCAGCUGUGCUGUGUCUGGUAAAGGAGCUCGACUACCCAAGCCUGGAAGUUGUUGAUAUGGCCAUCAGGUGCCGCAUGGAUGAACUGAAUGACUGACGCCAAGACCAACCACGAUUACCAAAACCGCCCAAGAGGGUACCAUCAACCUUUUUACGCAUAUAUCGUGCUCAUAUUGAGGCCUUGGGAAAAAUUUCCGCAUUGAAGUAUAAGAUCUAUCUCACCAGGAAGCAGUUUGCCCUCUUACAAAAACAACCUGCUGAAGCUGCUGCCCUGAAUGUCCAUGUUCAGGACCAGGAUGCUCUAGACGAGGUAUGGUCUGGUCUGGACGAAGAAGCUCAGUCUGAAGCUUCUCAAGCAUUAGCAGAAAUAUACCGCAUUAUUCAGGAACAACAUGUUGCUCAGCAAAACAUUUCCCAGGAACAACAGAAUGCUCAAGAAGAACAGGCUGCUGAGGACUCGAUUGACGAGGAACAGUCUGCUGAGGACGCGAAUUCCCAAGAACAGAUUGGGGAACAGGCUGCCCAGACGCUGGAAGGUUUGUAUCAGAGUUUCAAUAUACGGAUUGAUGCAGUCUAUAAAGAGGCUGUCAAGCCCUGGGAGCGAUUUGCUCAUGGAGGUUUAGCCCAGGAAGAGGCUGCACAGCCUCACAUUGAAGUCGAAUCCCUCCAGGAUGAGAUGGAUGGAGUAGAAAAUACUGCUCAAGCCCAGGAAGCCCAGCCCCAGGCUAAUCUAGAAAACCUCAAUGUGGAGGCCAUAUCACAGUUGGAGGAUAACGAUAUAUCUAUGGGAGAAAACCAUGAUGUAGACAAGGAUGUUUUAAUCAAAGAAGAAGAACCAGAAGAAGAAGAAGAAGAAGAAGAAGAACCAGAAGAAGAAGAAGAACCAGAAGAAAAACAAGAUGAUGAUGUUGUAAUCAAAGAAGAAAAUGAUGAUGAUGAAGAUGAUGUGAAUGAAGAAGAUGAGGGGUUGAUGGAUCAUCUGGAGGCUAAUUCAGAAUAUCCUGGGAUAGGGAUUGAUUGUGAUACCAUUGAAGAUGACAAUGAAGGUGAUGAUAACAAUAAAGAUGGUUAUGAAAAUGAUCAUAAUUCACAAUUUCAUGAUCAUCACCCUUAUAAUGACCAUAUGAGACAUAUGGAUGGUACUUUCUGUCCUUUUAGCAAUAGCAACAAUCAAAUUCCCCAUGCGAACAUCGAGAAUAAUUACUGGCAACCUUGGCAUCAUGACGCCACUGAGUGCACUAAUUGUGCAUUUUUCUUGCAUAGACACCUUCCCAUGCAUUGCGGACACUUUCCCAUGUGUUUCCCCAAUAUGUUUCCCUCUCCUCAAACGUUCUUUGAUCCUUCCAGCAACAAUUCUGCAAAUAGCAGCCAACGUAUAAAUUGAAUUCAAUUGUAUCAUUUACUAUCCUCAUGUGUACUUUUUGGAAAACUUUCAAAUGAAAAACGUUGCUGCUAUACAAGUAAAACAUUAUAAUAAAAACAAUAUAAAAAUCUUGAGGUACCCUUUAUUUAAAUAAAUAUUUAUUUAUCCUUGCUAUAUAAUAAAUAUUUAUUUAUUUAAAUAAAGGGUACUUCAAGAUUUUUAUAUUGUUUUUAUUAUUUUGUUAAAAAGUAGCCCAUGUGAGUGAAGUGUUUUUAAAAAACCUUAUAUUAGGGAAAACAUAUUCUCACGUGAAAUUGAACUUUGAAUUCAAAAACAUCAGUCACAUUGGUGUGACCCAGCUGUUUCGCUGUCAUAUAAUGCGUUGGAAAAAUGCCGAGAUUGAGCAAUUCCAUUGCUGAGGGAUCGAAACCGCAUCGGUUUCUAAAAACUGACUAAGUAUGGUUUUUAGUUGCCAUUCGUUGAGCAGAAGAAUGAAUCUGAAGGGAAUGUUACUUUUCUUAAUCUGAAAAAAACACUAAAAGCGUAUAAAUGUUGUAAAGGUAUGAAUCUGACUUGAAAGUUGAAAAAAGCGUUUCUCUCAUCAAAACAUCACUUUUGAACCGCUAACCUAACCCAACCUAACACUCUUCUUUAUACUCACUUCUUCUUAUAUACGUCUUACUUCUUAUACACAUUUUCUUCUCCUUGACUCCGUUCACUAUGAACUUCUUGCACUCACCAGCCACAAUUAAUCAAUCAAUCAAUCUUUAUAACAAUAGCCACAGGUGGCGAUCAUCUUCAGUCUCAAACUUUGCAGAAAUUAUUGAAGGUUACUGCAAAUCAACACAUGCACGUCACUGUUGUUUGCUCUGGUCACUGGUCACAUACAUCACAAGCUUUGGCCAAACUUGUCAAAGAAACAGCUUCAUCGUCCUCUACAGUUCUUGAUUAAACUCCAAAGAAAAAAAAGUGAAGUCAUAGGUAUAUUUUCCAUGUUGCGUACAUACUUAUACUCCACGAACACGCGCAUUUCACUAUCCAUCAGCUUAUUAUAUCUGUAUUUGUUCAGAAACAGUAAGAUUCAGUUAUAAAUAAUAAGCAUAACAUCAGCUGGUGGAAAGCGAAAUGCUCAUGUUCUAUUUAUUUAUUUAUUCGUAGAUACAAUCACAAAUCAUAUAAAUAUGUUCGUGGCGUGUAAGUCUGUAUGCACCCUUAUGCAAAGCUGAGGAAGAGUACAACAGUGCAGCUAAGGAUGGGAACGGGCAUAGACAUUAGAAUAUCAUCCCAAAAAGUGUGAAUGAUUUUUUACUUUCCUU